AUGCAAAAUGUUGCCGAGGCUGUGCUGAAAGCUGCAUGUCCCGAUGUGGCGCCGGAAGAUGUGCAGCUUGAUACUCCAGAAGCACCAGAGUUCCUCCAGCGAUUGGAGAACAGCUCGCAGAGGGAUCCCCAGCACUUUCAGUGCUCAGAGGAUGCACGCAACUUCCUGGUGGAUAGGGUCCAUCUUGCGAGCUCCGAUGACUGGGUGCAGUCGGUGCUGACGUCGAGAGUCCUUAUCAAAGGUAACUUUCCGAAUGUUCCACAAGAUUGCAUCAUGGUGGACCUCCCGGGGCUUGAGGACACCAACCUUUUGCGGUCUUCAGUGGCGGAAAGAUACUUUGACCUCUACUGCAACCACGCGUGGUUUUGCCUCGCCAAGACGGAAAACCGCAUCGGCAGCAACGCAGGUCUCUCACGCCAAAUCCGUGCACUUGCACGCGGUGGGAAUUUGGACAAGAUCCUUCUGGUGAGGACCAGAGCAGAUGAAGCCCCGAAGAAAGGGACCGAAAAGCUGGACCGAGAGCACGAGGAGUUCAAGCGCCUUUGCCUCCAAGAGCUAACGAAGCAAAGCUCCCGGGCCAGAUCUUCAGGUGACUCCGAUGAGCCAGCUCGUACUAGGAGACGGACAGGCCUGGAGUCCGAAGUUGCCGGCGAUGCGUCCGCAUCCGCUUCCUCUUCCUCUGUGCCCUCUGGCAUGUCCUUCGCUGGUUAUGUCCAGGCCACGGCGGACCCAGGUUCGGAAGACCGGCCACCGGAAAUCAAGAUAGAAGCGGUCCUCGGCAAGCUUCAGCACAUCGGAGCCCAACAGGUCGAAAAGCUGAAAAGCCUCGUCUGCAACACCUACGAUGCGCUCCAAUCGCUGGCCCGAGAGCGCUUUCAAGAAGAGCAGGAGCGCGAGGCCGAGCGACAGCGUGAGAUGGAGCGGGAGGAAGCCCGGCGUCGGAUGGAAGAGCUUGAACGUCAGCAUCAGCGUCUCCGUGAGGAGCAAGCGGCCGACGAGCGCCGCAGGCAACACCUGGAGGAGCUGCGCCAGGCAAGGGAGCGCAGAGCCCAAGAAGCACAAAGUCGCCGUGCUAACCUGGUGCUCAACUUCACACAAGCCCUGAACGACUGCAAGCGCAUGGUGCAGGAGGGACGUGAGUUUCGCGAGGAGAUGGGGAGCUGCACUGGACUGACGGCAGUGGAGGAAUUUCACCGGAGCUUCGUCGCGAAAGCUUUGCACAGGCACAACCCAGAAACAGAACCAGGAGACUUCUCUGCAACUUUGGAGAUGCUGGCUCGUGUAAGGGUCAUUCCAAAUCUGACAGCCAGUUUUGAGAAGGACAGGUGCGAAGCCACCGAAUGGGCAGACUCUUCGAGCGCUAAUCUCUGCAGGGGGCAUCUACACUUCGACAUCGCGUGGUUCCUUGACCUGGUCGAGACCUUCUGCGGAACAGUUACCAUCCGAGGCACUCAGGAUUUUCUUCUGACCUGGGCCACAGUUGUGGAGGAUUCAGAACGGAAGCUGCGAGGUGUUCCAAACGUGCCGUCGGCCUUCAAUCAGGAACUCUCUCUGCGACUGACGGGCGUGCGCCAGCAGAUAAAUGCAGUGACUACAGCAGGUGGACCGAUUCGCAGUAUGUUGAGCAACGCGCUCACGUGGUGGGGAGGCAAAGGUGCGAGUGACUCUGCGAUCAGGUCUGCGGACGAACAGUUGAAGAACUCUGUGAGACCAGCCCUUCGGCAGAUCACCCACAGCCUCUGUUCCUCCUUGGAGAACGUCUUACAUGGCCUUCAUGAUGAGCUCUCUCGGCACCUCUUGACGGGAGAGGCUCCCCCGGCGUCCCGGGUCGCUCAAGACCAGGCUACCUGCAUUAUUUGCCAGGAUGCUCCGGCUGUGGGCCGAGCCAGCUUUGUCACUUGCUACUGCUCACCGCGACCGCCGUAUGCUUGCGCUCGCUGUAUCCCCAGCAUAGACCUUCAGUGCCGAGAAUGUCCCAUUUGUAGAGGAAGACCGCCCCAGUAG